CCCAGAGCGAGGCCCUGCUGCUGCCGCUAUCGAGAGUUGCAGUUGUUCCCGGGGCUGUGGGAGGACAGAGCGCCGCGGUCUCCCCGCCCCCGGAGGCUCGGCCCGGUCCGGUCCCGUCCCGCCCCUGCCGGUUUCGCGGCCAGUCCUGGGCUCAUGGAGAAUUUCAAGUGGUUGCUAAUGUGAGAAGACAACAUGCCAUUUUGAAGUAUGACAGAAGUCCUGAUGCUGCAGCAGAGGCUAGGAAUAUUAAUGGCCAAAUCUAGAGAGUACAUGGUCUUCUAAAGAAGCCAUGGGUAGCUGCUGUAGCUGUCCAGAUAAAGAGACUGUCCCAGACAACCAUCGAAACAAGUUUAAGGUCAUUAAUGUAGAUGAUGAUGGUAAUGAACUGGGUUCUGGCGUAAUGGAACUUACAGAUACAGAACUAAUUUUAUACACCCGUAAACGGGAUUCCGUAAAAUGGCACUACCUCUGUCUCCGUCGCUACGGCUAUGAUUCAAAUCUCUUUUCUUUUGAAAGUGGUCGACGAUGUCAAACUGGACAAGGAAUCUUUGCCUUUAAGUGUGCUCGUGCAGAAGAACUAUUUAAUAUGCUACAAGAGAUCAUGCAGAACAAUAGCAUAAAUGUGGUAGAAGAACCAGUAGUAGAAAGGAAUCAUCAUCAAACUGAGUUGGAAGUUCCAAGAACCCCUCGAACACCCACCACUCCUGGGUUCAGUGCACAAAGUUUACCUAAUGGAUAUCCCAGAUAUCCCUCCUUUGGAGAUGCUUCAUCACAUCCUUCCAGCAGGCAUCCCUCUGUAGGAAGUGCACGGCUUCCUUCAGUAGGUGAAGAGUCAACGCAUCCAUUGCUUGUAGCAGAGGAACAAGUGCACACCUAUGUCAACACUACUGGUGUACAAGAGGGGAAAAAAAAUAGAUCAAGUGUGCAUGUACCGCUGGAAUUAAGGCUUUCUAAUGUUGAAACAAGCAAGACAACAGAAGAUCAGAAUUGCACUGAUGACCGAGAUGCUCAGGUUCUUCUGGAGCCUGAAGGAGUCAAAUUUGUUUUAGGACCAACACCUGUUCAAAGACAAUUAAUGGAAAGAGAGCAACUGGAGCAACUUGGGAGAGACCAAGUUAGUGGCAGCAGUACAAACAACUCUGAAUGGGACACUGGGUACGACAGUGAUGAACGUAAAGAAACACCUUCUGGUAAUAAACUAGUGUAUGAAAAUCUAAAUAGGUUAUCAAUCCCUAGUGCCUCAGGAGUCAGGAGAGGUCGUCUGACAUCAACAAGUACCUCAGAUACCCAGAAUAUUAACAACUCUGCUCAAAGGAGAACUGCAUUGUUAAACUAUGAAAACUUGCCAUCUUUGCCUCCUGUUUGGGAAGCCCGCAAGCUAAGUAGAGAUGAAGAUGACAAUUUAGGACCAAAGACCCCAUCUCUGAAUGGCUACCACAAUAACCUAGAUCCAAUGCAUAAUUACGUAAAUACAGAGAAUGUAACUGUGCCAGCAAGUGCUCAUAAAGUAGAAUUUACACGACGUCGGGACUGUACACCAACAGUCUUUAACUUUGAUAUUAGACGUCCAAGUUUAGAACACAGGCAGCUCAAUUAUAUACAGGUUGACUUGGAAGGUGGCAGUGACUCCGACAACCCUCAGACUCCAAAAACUCCUACCACUCCACUUCCACAAACUCCAACCAGGCGCACAGAGCUGUAUGCUGUGAUAGACAUUGAAAGAACUGCUGCUAUGUCAAGUUUGCAGAAAGCACUGCCACGAGAUGAUGGUACGUCUAGAAAAACUAGACAUAACAGUACUGACCUGCCUAUGUGAGCCCGGGAAGCGUUAAAUCAUUUGCACCUUUUGUGAAGUUUAUAAAAUUGAAGAUGCAAAUACUUCAUUUGCAUUUCUUAACACUAACGCCUUUUAUAGAGUAAUAGACUUUUUUCUGAAUACUUCAUGUGCUUGUCUAACAAAAGGGAAAUAAUGUAGAGCAGGUACUCAUUAAAUGACACCAUUUUAUUCUACAGUAAUAGUAAUUGCUGUGUAGAAGCAUUGCCACUUUUCACAGUGCCUCUUUACUUGGUUAGAGUUGGAGUGACUGCCAGUUCUGAAGUUACCAAUAUUCUGGCCAUGUGCCUAUAGUCAUUAAUGGCAUUUAUAACGUUUUAUAAAGCCUCUUGAUGUGCAUUACUAGCUGAUAGCCGUAAUCUUGCAAGGUUGAUAUUUGUACCUUCACUCUCUUCAUUCAUGUGGCCUCCUCCAAUAUGAGAUGUGUGAGUAAUUCAUUAUUCAAUCAGUUUGACUUACAUGAUAUAUUUUGGCUCAUGUGAAGGGAUAUAAACACCAC